AUGGCUCCCUCGAGACCGCAGACGCCUUCAGGGAAUGAAGACCCCGAAAACCAGCCUGUCAGCCCAAAGAGAGACACAGACAAGGGGAGUGGAAAUGCCAACGACGGGAGUUCUGAUGCUAAACCUCCACCACUUCCAUCCCGGCCGCAAAAGCCGCCCCAUGGGCAGCCAGAUGCUGGUUUGAACCCUUACUCGGCAGCCCAUAAACUUCAGUCAGGACCAACUACAGCUCUUUCACUGGCAAAUGUUAAUGUUCAGGCCUUGGAUGAUGUUAACCGAGAGAAUUAUGUAUCUCUUGCAACAGCAGCAGGAGGAGGAGGCCCUGAAAAGAUAGUGAGACCAGCCACCUCCGGUACUUCCAGGCGAGGGAGCAGAGUGGGGAUCGACAUAGGAGAUAAUGGCAGCAUUCGAAGCUUUAUGCCAGAAAGCGACACUACCUUUGAUGCAGGGAGUGUAUUUGGCGAUUUCGGCGGCUUUGAAGCUGAGAUUCCAUUCAGAAACGCAUCAAUGAAGCCUGGAGAAAAUCAGUCUAUUUUCAAUGCGCAGUCUCGAGAAGAUGAUAUUGCCGUUGAGUUUGAGGAUGAGUUUGAUUCAGUUGACAACUCGAAUGAGGGAGAGAAUGAAGAUGAAAAACUCGAAAAGUGGAGGAGGAAGAAGAAACAUUUUUUCAUACUCUCCUCAGCCGGAAAACCUAUAUAUACCCGCCAUGGAGAUGGGGGAUUGAUAUCCCCGUUCAUUGGUAUUAUUCAAACCAUCAUUUCGUUCUACCAAGAAUCGGGGGGUCCUCUCAAAAGCUUUUCUGCCGGGAAGACAAAAAUUGUGAUCCUCUCCCAGGGCCCCUUGUAUCUCGUGGCCAUCAGCUCAUUGCUUGAAAGCCAGGCCCACUUAAGAGCCCAGCUCGAAGCUUUGUACAUGCAAAUACUGUCGACACUGACGCUUCCUGCCCUUGACCAUAUAUUUGCUGUUAGACCAAGCUCAGACUUACGGCGACCGCUCCAAGGGACUGAAUCGCUUCUGUCCUCACUUGCCGAUAGUUUCACAAAAGGCUCCCCUUCUACUCUAUUGGGCGCUUUAGAAUCGUUAAAAAUUCGGAAAUCUCACCGUCAGGUUAUCAGCAACACUUUCCUCAAAGCUAGAGUUGAACCUCUUCUUUACGGCUUGCUGGUUGCUGGUGGGAGACUUGUGAGCGUUGUUAGGCCAAAGAAGCACUCUCUUCAUCCAGGAGACCUUCAGCUAAUCUUCAACAUGAUCUUCGAAGCAGAUGGGGUCAAGGCCAGUGGUGGGGAAAGCUGGAUCCCCAUAUGCCUGCCUGGUUUCAAUAACAGAGGUUACCUGUACAUGUACGUGAGCUUUCUUGACGUCCAGAGAGAUCGAGAAGCCGAAAAGAGUGCAGAAGAAAUGAAAAAGGAUGAUGUCGUGGCAAUCAUCUUGAUAAGCCCCAAUAAAGAGAGCUUUUAUACCUUGCACGAAAUGCGUGAUUCUCUUGUUGAGCAAAUGGAAAAGAACGGAAGCAUGGAAGUUCUCAGAGUAGCUCUAGAACAGGGGCGACCGGCUCCUACUGAUAUCGUCCCUGGCACCGUGGUCCGGCACUUUUUAUACAAAUCAAAAGCGAAUGUCCAGUUCACCAUGUCAUCCUACUCUCCCGAAUUUAUGUCAAUACUAGAUCGUCGACGGUAUUUGCUCUCCCCGAUUCAACAAUCAGUUAUAUGA